CAAUACGACGCCUGUAAUUGCUUCCUUCCUACUGCCCAGCUAAAACGCACUUGCUACUUCCGCCUUUAUACCUCGCUUCUCCCCAGCACGCCAGCUCUCGAAGACCUCCCUCCCUGUGCGCGCAACUCCAUCUACAACACCAUUUACAUUGUUUACACACUAUCAAAACAUCGAAGCGAAACCCGCCACUCCCUCACCACACCCUACUGUACGCUAUCCCUUGUCGAGCCUUGCUGGCGCUGCUGCUGGGACUGAUCGCGCCCAAUCAGAGCAUCGCUCGCCGAGUCCUACGUCACCGUUCCGGUCAAAACAUCCGGAUUCGCGCCCGCAUUAAACAUGUCGGUCCUCGCAUUCAAGGCGCUGGGCUACGGCGCAGAGCAGAUUCCCGACAAGUUCUUCGAGAAAAUCCCAGGUGGCUUCUUCACCCCGCAGGAGAAGAAAGACAUCGACAAAGGCCGAAAAGACCGCAAGGACAAGUCACGACCCGCGAGCGAGCAGAGGUCCAGCAGACGAGGCUCACGACGAGACCGCACCCCGCCAACCGACUACUCAGACUACAGCGCAUACGACGAUACCGACUACGAACGAGAGCGAGAGCGAAGGAAGAGAGAUAGACGCCGGGCAAAGAGCGCGGGCAGAAAUCCUAGCAGGAGUAUGAGUCGUGGAAGACACAACAGGCGCAAUAGCAGGGACUUUGAGCCAGAGCACGGCGACUAUAGAGAUAUGGCGCAAGCAGAGCGAGGAGAGCCCUACUUCCCUCCUCCACCUUCCUCUGGAGAGUACAAACCGUACAAUCCUCAAGAGUACAGUUCAAGGCCAGCGCAUGACGACUACCAACCGUCACCAACCGCGCCCGCGUACGGAUAUUCCCCUCAGCCAGCAGCCGCCCAGCCAUACCCUACGCAGCCAUCUGUUGGGCCGCACGAUGGGCAUCGAGCUUCUUCUACCGCGGCGCGUUACACUCCUGGUCCUGGUUACGCACCAUCUCCUCCUGUGAACGUAGUUAUUCCUCCCCAAACAGGCGCCGCGAACUCCCCCUAUGUUCCCUACAACCCAGCCGACUACCCUGCCAGCAAUGCCUACCCCACAGCGCCACCCUUCACCCGACAAAGAUCAAACUCACAGCCCUACACGUCUGCUGCUUCCAACCAGCAAAUCACCCCCUACGUCGACCAACCACCCAGCCGUCGUGGCAGCACCAAACCCCGCCGAGAACACCGGCACAGGGCGAGGUCUGCAGACACCCAUUCCUCCCAUUCCCGCAGAGAUGACCAGCAUCGAGAGAGUUCGCGCAUGGCUAAAGUGCGUGACAGAUUCGAUGGCAUGGAUCUGCGUGAAAGGGGUCUGGCGGCUACGGUGGGAGGUGCGUUGGCGGGGGGACUUGCUGGUAGGCAGAUGGGCAAAAGUAGGCUAACUACGCUUGCAGGUGUUGCAGCAGGUGCCUUAGGGGGCAGAGCCAUUGUUGAUAAGCGAUCCAAUUGCGGGUUCCUAACAGGCUACAGGAGUAGAGGUGGCCGUCGAUCACCGUCGCGAUCUCGUUCCCGGUCUCGCUCGAGGCCCAGAGCCAGCGAUCGAGCGCGCAGCCGUGACCGAAGUCCACCUCGUGGCAUCCGUGCUAGAAGCAAGAGCAUCGUCGACCGCUUCCGUUCAAAGUCUCGUGGCCCAGAGGACAGGGACGCUCGCAGAGACAGAUACGACCGCGAUCAACGCCCUGAUCAUGGUUAUGAUAAUGGUCGCGUGGAUCACGACUACUUUAGUAGUGAUUCCGAGGGCGAUGGGUCGCCUGCUAAGACGCACAGGAGGCGACGAAGGGAUUACUAG